AAAAUACAAAAAGUAGUUGCGGAAAAAUUUUCGGUGAGCAAACAGUGAAAAUAAAUAAAUUGGAAGGCGAAAAAUACUUAAUAAAAUUCUAGCAAGAAACUACUGUGAACAAAAAAUGCUCAAAAGAAACAACAAAACGAUUACAUACAAAUAAAGUCAAGGAAAGAACCAACUGAACAAAAAAUAUAUAUUGUCGCUGAAUUAACAAAAAAUAAUCCGAGUUACAUAAACAAUAAAUAUAAUAUUCAAACAGAUUAUAUUAAAAAAAUAUAUACAAUUUAUAAAUAGUUUAUAGAAAGUGUCAUUUAAUGUGAUAUUAUUCUAAUUAAUAAAAAUAAAUAAAUAACAAAUCAAAAAUGUAAAAUCAAUGAUAAAAUCACAGACAACAGCAAAAACAACAAAAAGAAGAAGAGAAUCUUACUGUACCUGAACCUGAACUUGAAGGAAGGAAAUACCAAACUGUAAAUGUAUGUGUAUGUAAUAUGUAAAUGUAAAUGCAAAUUUCCAAACUACUGUGCACAAAUAAAACUUGAAACGCACCCAUGUUCUAAUGAGCAAGAAAAGUAUGCACAAGAACAUCAACUCAAAUCUCGCCUAAAGUUUUGCCCAAACUUUAAACAUUAUAAAUAAAGACAACUUAUUUAUAAGAAAAUAAACGCACUCAAUAUGCAACGUGGUAGCAGUGAUGAACGUAUAACCAGUGCUAAUUCCAGUCCACGACAUAGCAAUAAAUAUCCCGGAUCGGCAUUAUUAGGCCUACUCACAAAGCGUUCUACAAAAGUUGAACCCCAUCCCACGGUAGAAGUAGAGCACAAUGAAAAACAUAUCGCCGGCAACAGUCAUCAAACAAACAGUGCAAAUAAUUCCAUUAGUCAUGACACCUCCUUUGCUAAAUGUACACCUGAUAGGCAAUCACCCCUGAUGAGUGAUCAUAAUCAUGUGAAUCGUCCCAAUUUAAGAAGUCAAACAUUACCCAAUAAUGCCACACCCAACGACAUGAUCAAGGGGACUCAGCUCAUAGAGAAAUCACAGAGUAGUGGCAUUAUAAAUUUACAUCGUAAGGUGAAGACAGGUAAAAAUAAAAAUCAUAUUCAUCGUCACAGUACUGAUGGUUCUCAAAGUGAUGGUGGCAUCGCCAGUGGAAUUGAAGUCAUGCUAAGGAAAACCCCAAAAAAUCGUUCACCUAAUCAUAAUCGUUUUAGUCAUCAGUUCAGUUUGUGUUGUAAGGCUGAAAAGAAGCCUGUUACACCACCGGUAACAGUACGCUAUAACUCCAUUCCAGAUGGUGGUUCAGCUGUAAAGAAAGACAACAUGUCCUUGAGUUGGAGCACGGCGGAUAAUACUUCGUUAUCUAUAGGAUCGGGCAUAUCUAACCCAACGGCUUGUUUACAAGCCCCUUUUGUAGCGGUGCCGGCAGCUGCUUUGACCGAAUGUGCCAGUGCUCCCCAGAGUCCGGUAACGGGAAAAUCUAUGAUGUUUCCAAAUGUUGACUCUUCUUAUGGUUCACCCUCCAAUACCUCGCUAAGAAGCAAUCAAAGUGAUACACCUAAUGGUGCUACUAACUCCGCAGGCAGUGGUCCCAUACGGCCGAUAGCCGUUUCAGCCUGUCGUUCUCGCCUAAGACUUAAACUAUAUCCUCCUGGUAAGGAAUUGCCACCUUUUGGUUCAGAAUUUCCUGCAGCAGAUGAAGGAGCUGUAUCUGAAAUAAAGAAGGCCACUACACCACAACAUAUGUCUUCUCCCAACAUUGCCAGUCAGUCUGAGAUAACAGGUUCUGUGGUGCAUGAGCCGGAUUCGCAGUCCAUUCGCUUUAUGUCACAUGAAAAUAUACAAAUACAACGUCAGAGCUCUAGUUCGGGUUUGGCAAGACAGGCUCUUAUGGCAGCUCAGGUAUUAAGUUUAAUACCUACAGAUCAAGCAAGAGAGAGGAGUUAUUUAGAUGGACGUUUGGGUUCCUCGUCGUUAUUAGGGCCUAGUGAAUUAAAUAAAGUGAUACCCAGCAAGGAAGUGACUAUAUUUGUGGGUACCUGGAAUAUGAACGGCCAAAGUCCACCCAAGGAAAUGAAUGAUUUUGUGUUGCCCGCAAAUAUUGAGCAUGUUCCAGAUAUUGUUGCCAUUGGCACUCAGGAAUCCAGUCCAGAUCGUUUUGAAUGGGAAGUCACUAUACAAGAAACCCUAGGACCAUCACAUGUACUCUUCCACUCCACUACAUUAGGUACUCUACAUUUGGCAGUAUAUAUGAGAAGAGAUUUGAUAUGGUACUGUUCGGCACCAGAAGAUGCCAACAUGUCGGUAAGGACUGGAUCGGCGUUUCGUACAAAAGGAGCUGUGGCUAUUUCUUUUUGCCUUUUUGGUACCUCUAUGCUUUUUGUAACCUCGCAUUUAACAGCUCAUCAGCAAAAGGUCAAAGAAAGAGUAUCGGAUGUUAAGAGAAUUAUACAUGCUCUCGAUUUGCCAAAGAAUCUUAAUUUAAGACAUAAAAAUAAGGAUGUAACGCAGAAUUUCGACAAUGUAUUUUGGUGUGGAGAUUUAAAUUUUCGUUUGGGUGAACCAAGGGAAAAACUUUUAGAAUGGAUACAGAAUACAAAGUUUCCCUUACCAUCCCACUUGCCACAUGGCUAUAUGCAUACCGAUCAAUUGUCUUCGGUGUUAGCAGAUGGUGCAGCAUUUCGUGGGUUUAUGGAGGCUAAUAUAACAUUUCCUCCCACCUAUAAGUACGAUCCUGGUACACAGCACUUUGAUACUUCAUCGAAACAACGUGCUCCCGCUUAUACCGAUCGCAUUUUAUAUAAAUAUCGUCAAGCUCAGGGUUUAAUGAUGAGACGCCAAAGUACUAUACCCGGUAUGCCAUCGCCCUCUCAACCACUGGUUCAAUGUUUAUUAUACGAUUCGGUUCCGUCCAUUACCACAUCUGACCAUAAACCGGUUUGGGCUUUAUUUAAGACUGUUAUCAGAGCGGGUACAGAUUCCAUUCCAUUGGCAGCUGGUCUAUUUUGUCGUGAUAUUUAUUUGGAGGGUAUGAAACGUAGAUUAAAUAAUCAAUAUACUGGCUCUUCAGCCGUUUGUUCUAUACAAUAAUUUUUCUUAAUUAACGCACAAUUUUAAUACCAUUACAUAUUAUGUUAAUUAUGUAGCUCUGCGAUUUAGUAAAAUAUUUUUAAACAAAUAGAGGCUUUAAUGACGGUAUUCUAGAUGGGUUCUUAUGCAAAUAAAUUGUUAGACAAAAAAUAGAUAUACAUACAUACAUAUAUUUAUGUAUAUUUUAGAUCAUAAUUAGAGUAUGUGUUUUAGAAUUGAAAUCUUAAAAAGGGCUAAAGCAAUAUUGUAGAUUAUUAAUACAAAACUAAAUUAUUUAUUUACUUUACAACUGAUAUAAUAAUUUAUGUACUGUAUUGCUAUUAUUUAAUGGACAAAUGAAAUUAACUACAGAAAAUUUCGGAAAUUCUCCAUAACGAUCAAUUUAUCUUGAUUACGUACAUACAUAAAUAUGUAUUUAAUAACAUAUCGCAUGUGUAUAAUCUGUUCGUCAUACAUUAUUCAAUUUAGAAGAGAUUUCCGAUUAUUUUUUUAUUUAUUGUUUUUUUAAUACAAAAUCGGCGUAACUUAAAAACUUAGUUUCAUGAAAAAAUUUUUCCAUUUUAAUAUUUCUUAUAUAGCGUGUAUGUAUUUAACAUUUAAAUAAAUUAUAUUUUUGUAAGGUGAAAGGCAAUUAAUUAACAACCAAUGGUUAAGAUAAAGUUUUAAUCACUUGAAUUUUUAAAAAAACUUUAUUUCUCUGUAUUGUACUAGAUAGUUUAAAUUUACAAAAGUUUACAACACAGAAAAAUUAUCGUUAGUUUAUUUCAAUUAACAUGUUUUAAUUUUCUUUAUUUUUUAUUUAAACAAAUUUUUAUUUGUCUCAAUU